UUUGGGGACAGUGACUGAGGAGGGAUGUGGUGUUUCAGAGUGUGCAAGUGGUGGGGAGAGCAUCGCAGCUUGUGAGAAAGGGGAGAAAAGAAAAGAAAGGAGGGAGGGGGUUUGGUAGAGAGAAAGAGCUUGUGAAGAGAAAGAGGGAGGGAGCUUCAGGCAGCGAGGCUGGACCACCGCUCAAACACUGCAGUCUUUUUCUUUUGCUUCUCUGAGGAAACCUGCCCAACUCUACUUCCUACUUCUCUCGCUGCGUUGCCAUGACCCUGACGGACACCUUGAUCUCUUUGCCCACCUAGAGAAGAGGAGAGAAGCGCUGUAGCGGAGGAGGGAGUGACAAGAGGAGGCGACACCACACACUUUGCUUCAGUGAUGAGAGUCUGGAAAUUAAUUAAUCGCCGUCAGCACAGAGGGGGGAGACCAGAGAGGGGUACAGUAAUAGAAUAAGAGAGAGCUGAAGAGGGUGAUUUGGUAGAUGUGUGAAGAAUAGACUGUGAAGAGGCGCAGCGCAUCCCCUAGACACUUUUCAGAGGCAAAAAGGACAAGUUAGGGUCGGCGUGUGAAGCACAGAGGAAAUUAGUCAAGGCAGUAACUCCACAGGGAUUCUAAUUCAAGAAGCGAAAGAAUGGUCCAAUCACAAGCAUCCUUUAUCCUUUCAUCCCUCUCUCCAAACCUCCUCUUACAUCCAUAACAGCAUCUGUACCGCUCAUCUUCAUGUCUUUUUUAUUUUAGCUUCUGCUUUUUGCAUGUCAGCAAAAAACACAUCCGUUGCCACAAUCACACACUCAGAGGCAACUCAGAGCACAUCGCAGCAUUGCAUUCUCACUGGACGUCUCAUUCAUUACUGAGUAAAGCAAGUUGAUUUAGCCAGACCAGGGGUGUCAUUACAUGCUGGCCGGGAGCAGCUGCUCUGGAACUUCUCAUGAGACCAGGUAGGACAUUUCUGGAUCCUUUUUCGCCUGCUCAGAGCAGCUGGACAGGUUAAGCUCCCCUGUCAUUUAUCUGAUUGAACAGUCAUGAGAUGAAACUGCAAACCAGCUUAUCUCAGAGUGAAUGCCAUCUAUGCGUGAGGGAUUACACAGAAGAUGACAGGGAUGUGCAAAUGCAUUUAUAGAUGGUAGAACUGUGUCCUAAACUUGUUUUGUUGUACAGAUCUGUUAAUGCAAAAAUGCAAAGGCUUCUGCUGAGUGUUAGGGCAGAGUAGAGUAGAGAUAAGGACUGAGUUGUAGCAGCACGUUGUCUUUAACAGGUCAGGUGUGCCAACACAUAGAGUAAAAUAAAACCAACAGCUGUAGGGAGUGCCAGGGAUCAGGUGUACCUCGAAACCCUUCACCCAGCUCUAGGUGGAGUAAAAGCUUUCCCUUCAGUGUGGACUAAUCUCAAAAGUGAAGUGACUAUUAAAGACAUCAAAGGCUCAUUAAGCUUCCACAAUGAGACGUUCAAGCACAGAUGAGACCCCGUACCGGCGCAGUCCAUCUCUGGACAGCAAACCAGACACACCGCCGUUCACGUCAGGGUUUCACCGCUUCAGUGGGGAGUUUGAGUAUAAGAGACCUCCUUUUGCAUUUGGCUUCCACACAACUAAGGGGCCACAGACCUCCAACGGACGUUACGCACCGGGGAAGAAGUAUGUGGUGUUUUACCUGGACCUCUCCUUCAUAUUUCUUCUAGAACUGCGGCGCUGCAGGAUGGCCGAGGGUUGCAUGAUGGCCCUGCGUUAUGGAAUGGUCUUCUUCAACCUCCUUUUCUGGCUGGGGGGAUGUGGCAUACUGGGCGUAGGGGUCUGGCUCUCCGUGACCCAGGGAAACUUUGCCACUCUGUCAUCUUCCCUUCCUUCUCUGUCGGCAGCCAAUCUGCUCAUAGCAGUGGGGACAAUCAUCAUGGUGAUCGGCUGUCUGGGCUGUGUAGGAGCUGUCAAAGAAAGCCGUCCUCUGCUGCUGACGUUCUUCAUCCUCCUCCUGAUCAUCUUCUUUCUGGAAAUUCUGUCCAUCAUGCUUUUCUUCAUCUACCAAGAUGAGAUUGAUCACUACGCACAGAGGGAUCUGAAGAAGGGCCUCCAGCUCUUUGGCACUGAAGGCAACGUGGGUUUGACCAACGCCUGGAUGAUAGUGCAAACUGAUUUUCGUUGCUGUGGAGUCACCAACCACACAGACUGGUUUGAGGUUUAUAACGCCACCCGCGUGCCAGACUCCUGCUGCCUGGAAUACAGUGACAACUGUGGCCUGGACAACCCAGGAACAUGGUGGACGGCACCAUGUUACGAGCGGGUAAAGGACUGGCUUAAUGACAACCUGGUGGCACUUUGGAUUUUUGCUCUAUGCACAGCACUUACUCAGAUCCUGGGUCUGGUUUUCUCCAUGACAAUGUUCUGCCAGGCAGUGAAAGUGGAGACUUUCUACGCCUAGCGGUCGACCCCUCUGACCUUCAGAGAACUUGGAUUGUUUCUCAUCACAGAGAGACGUAAAUAGACCCCCUUACCCUCCCUCCUGCUCCUCCUUCUCCUACAUUGACAAACUCUUUUUCCACUGCUUGUCCUCUCUGUGACUUUUGCUCUCGGAUGCCACCAGUUCACAGUUUUUCUGCUAACUACCAGCCGGCACAGUGUCGAUGUAAUUCCUCAUAUGAUUUGCUCUGUGUUUAAAGCUGAUUUCUGUGAUAUAUAUAAAUAUAUAUACAUAUAUAUUUUAUGAAGCAGUAUUACAAACAUGUAAAAAGAAUCCAUCUGUGUAAUCAUUUUUCAAAUAUGUGUUUUUGUUUUAAAUUAUUUUCGAGUUUUUAUGUGUUUUCAGAAUAGGAGCUAGAGUUGAGAGGAGUGCACAGUGUGAAGUGCUGCAAGUGCAUGUCUCCGGCGAUGAUGUGUAUUAAAUGUUUUGGCUCGACAACUCAA